CCCAACCCGCAUUUGUCCAUUCACUCCCACAACAAGGAAAAGUGUCAAAGGCAAAUUUCUUAAUACGACUAUAAGCAAGGUUAUCCAAAUAGAACAACAAAUAUUUAGACCUACGCUUGCUUCAAGUACUUUUUGCAUAUUGGAUUACUUGAACUCGCAACAUCUCGGACUCAGCACAUGCACAACGGAGGGGCUGAUUCUAUCCGAGCAUUCUGCAAUGUACAGCAGCAAAACUACUACGCGGAUGGAUGAAACUUCAUUAGAAUAGGAGUAUUAAAGAACGCGACCAAUUUUGCACACAACAAACAACCCCACAAGACCGCCUCUCUCGGGGCUGUUAAGGACGCACUGUUCAAAGGCAACCACCUUAUAGAUUGAAGCUUAUUUCCAAGCGUGUCGUGCGUAUAGGAAGAGAGAGAGAGAAUGGGGCAUCCUCCGCUGGAGUUUAGCGACUGCUAUUCGGAUAGUCCGGAUUUUAGGGAGAGGUUGAAAUGUUACGAACAAGAACUGGACAGAACCAGCAAAUUUCUCAAAGAAGUGAUCAAAGAUGGGAAUAAUGUUAUAAGCGCAAUAAAGGGAUACUCUGUUGCUGUUCAGAAGUUUUCACAGACUCUUCAGUCAUUCCAGUUUGACUUUAUCGGAGACUCACUGACAGACGAUGAAAUGAAUAUUGCUGAGUCAUUCCGUGAGUUUGCUUGUCUGCUCCAGGAAGUGGAAAAUGACAGGAUGAUGCUGGUUCAGAAUGCUUGUGAUCUGCUCAUCAAACCACUGGAGAAGUUCCGUAAGGAGCAGAUUGGUGUAACAAAGGAACGAAAGAAGAAGUUUGAGAAGGAGAGUGAGAAGUAUUACUCUCAGCUGGAUAAACAUGUGAACAUCUCAGCCAAGAAGAAGGAAACACAGCUCCAGGAGGCGGAUGAACAGCUUGAUAAAGAGAGGGUGAACUUCUACGACUCGUCAGUAGAAUAUGUCUACCAGAUCCAACAGGUGCAAGACAGGAAGAAGUUCGAUGUGGUGGAGCCGGUACUGGCGUUCCUCCAGAGUAUCCUGACCCUCAACAACCUGACUGUGGAAAUGACUCAGGACUUUCUGCCCUACAAACAGGAACUGCAGCUCAGCCUCCAGAAUACGCGCAACCACUUUGAGAGCACUCGAGAAGAAAUGGAGGAGUUGAUGAAGAGGAUGAAGGAGCCCUCUCAGAUUGGCAAGAUCCAUGGGCAGGCCACCAUCCAAGGCUACCUCUACGUCCAGGAGAAAUGGGCUUUGGGCGUGACUUGGGUGAAGUACUACUGCAAGUACAUCAAAGACAAGAGACGUUUUGUUAUGGUGCCUGUUGAACAGAAGACUACAACCAAACAGACAACCUCGGAGCUCACCCUCAAGUCCUGCAUCCGCCGGAAAACCGAGUCCAUCGACAAGCGGUUCUGCUUCGACAUCGAAACUCAUGAGAGGAACAGUCCCCUGACCCUGCAGGCAGUGUCAGAGGUGAACAGGAAGCAGUGGAUCGAGGCCAUGGAUGGGAAAGAGCCAAUUUACCAUAAUCCUAUUCAAAAUAAAGCUGAAAUGGAGCUGAACGAGGUUGGAUUCAAGUUUGUACGAAAGUGCAUCAACUAUGUUGAGACCAAAGGGCUUGGCCAAGAAGGGGUAUACAGGACUGUUGGCAGCAACAUCCAGGUCCAAAAGCUAUUGAAUGCAUUCUUUGACUCUAAGUGCCCCGGUGAUGUCGAUUUCAGCAGCAGUGACUGGGACAUAAAAACUGUCACUAGCGCCAUGAAGUUUUACCUUCGGAGUCUGAGUGAGCCAUUGAUGACUUACGGCCUCCACAGGGAACUCAUUUUUGCUGCAAAAUCGGAAAAUCUGGAUUUCCGGUUGGGCACGGUCCACUCUCUGGUCUACAAGCUGCCUGAGGUGAAUCGUGAAAUGCUGGAACUCCUCAUUCGACAUCUGCUCAGUGUGUGUAGUCGCUCAGAGGAGAACUUGAUGACCCCAUCGAACAUGGGUGUGAUCUUUGGUCCUACACUGAUGCGGGCGGAGGAGGAGACGGUGGCUGCCAUGCUGGACAUCAAGUUCCAAAACAUUGUCGUCGAGAUCCUCAUUGAGGACUUCAAGAAGAUCUUCAGCGGGCCUCCAGAAAGCUUGCCUCCCCCGGUACCUCCCCCGAGAGCCGCGCCCAGGACGCGCCAGCCCAUCACCAUCUCCAAGCGGCCGCUGCGCUCCUAUCCCGCGUUGCAAGAGAUGCGGGAGCUGAACGGCAGUGCCCACAACGGUGUGGACUCCGAGGGGGACCCGCACCCCACUAGCCCCGUCCCGCCUCAGAGGCCCAAGAUGGGCCCUCCGUCCUGCUCUCCUCCCUCUGUACCUUCCUCUUUCCUUGCGUCCUCUGGCGCCCGUUUGCCACUCCCGCCCAAACCCACCCCCACCCCCCGGCAAGAUCGGCAUUCCGACAGCGAUGUCGCCAAGAUUGUUGCCAGGCUACAAGAUGGAGGGUCACGGCCUGACGCCGGGACGGCGUCCAACGGGGAGGCAGGGGUGACGGUCGGCCGGGCGCAGUCCUUCCAGGGCAAGAAGCCUCCGCCACGUGGGGUCCUGGCCAACAGAGAAGGAGAAGGUGAGGGCCUCAUGAAAGGACGGUCGUUUUCCGAGAAGCACUCCAUCUGCAGGCCCCCGACCAGACCCCCCGAUCCACCCAAUCGCACACCCACCAAACCCCUGCCCUCUCCCACCAGCGAAGACUCCGCAUCUUAUGUUGCCUCCAAGACAAAGUUUUUUGAGAAUGCAUCGCGACAGAUGGGAGGGCCAGCUGCCACGUCCCCAGCAUCUGAGAAUUCCAAAUAAGACGACUAACUCCUUCUAAAUCCACCUGCUUCUGAAGAAGAAUAAGCUCCCUCCUGACGCACACACCACUGCUUUUCCAGCACCUUUGUCGUUCUCUUGUGCCUGUGUCGUGUUUAUUGGAACGGGAGCACCGCAUGACUGCUCUCCAACAGCGCAUAAAGGGAAAUAGAAACAGUUCACUGUGGCCCGCACACUAGUAAUAGCUAUCUAAAGAGAGAGACUCGCCUUCCCGGCCUUACCUUUCAGUGAGCAGAGAGUGUCAUGUAACGUUGUCAGUACUGUAAAUGCGAUGGAGUUGUUGCCAUCUUAUGCUGCAUUUAACAAUGAGAGAAAUGGGAGAAAGAGGAGGAAAGAGAGUGUGGUGUGACAUUCACUUAGUAUUCUCUCUGAAUCACAUCUUAAAGAGGAAACAGACUAUAGAAUGAGUUGAUUUAAAUUUUGACCUACACACCUGUGUACCUGUGUUUGUGUGUGUGUGCGUAUGUGUGUGUGUGAGAGAGAGAGAACAAGUGUGUGUGGUCAGACUAACAUUUUGGUUUGUUUUCAUAUUGACAUUUGCUUUGCACUUCAGACAAGUGUUCUCCUUCGGGAUUGUGUGUAAAUUCAUCUGACCCAAUGACCUUGGUCAGAGUGAUCUAACCUGUGUAGAACUUUCUUGCAUAAGCUCUCACAAAUGUACUUAUUGAAUGUCUCAUUUGUGAAUUUUAAAUGUGAAGACACGACAGAGGUGAUAGAAGGACCAAGAGGUGGGAUUCUUGAUCAUCAGGCAUUUUGGGAAUACUUUAUUUAUUUGUCUUUUAUGGUGAAAAAAAGAAUUCCCUCUUGUUGGUCUCACAGCUUCGUUUUUCUCCUUUAGUUUAAUUUACGGAAACAUUCCUUUUUCCUCCACAACCGUUUUCCUGGUUGUGUGUCUGAAUCUAGGUCACUUUUGUCUGCUUGUUGUUUACAGAAAUAGUAAAAAAAAGCAUUUCUUUUGUUGUGAACUAAACUGGCUCUUCUCACCACUACAAUGCAACACUCAUGUUACAUGUACGUACGAUUGUCUUGAAUGUACUGCAAGAAAAUCAGAAGAAAAAAAACAACAUUUUUAUACCAAAUAAAAUGGUUCAAGUUG